AUGCCUAAUAACAACAACAACAACAAUACACAUUCUGCUCCUCCGAGCAAUGAACAUGGUGGUCAUUCAACACUACUACCAAUUGCCACCACUACCACUGGUAAUAACACGACAAGUAGCACCACUCCUCCACUUCCGAUCAGCAAUCCGUCUACGGUUGCGAGAAAGCUAUCCAACUCGGGGACAAUGCCACCAAGUCUCAAUCCGUCUUCUUCUUCUUCGUAUUAUUCGGUGCCACCUCCAUCCACAGUACCCUCCUUGUAUGUACCACCUCCUCCACAUCAUGCUCAUCCAUCAUCAUCGUCCUCUGCUUACUAUCCUCCUUAUCCUUAUGCAUCCUAUUUACCUCCAUCAUCGAUGAGUACGUCCACCACCACAACCGCAACUCCAACAACUCCAACAACAACCACCCCUUCCUCCCAAUCAACAGCAACACCAUCUAAUCCUCUGCUUCCACCGCCACCAUCGACCAAUGCCUUGUACUAUUCACCACAUUAUCCCUUGUAUCCAUCGCAUCCUCAUCAACAACCUCCUCAUCCACAUUCAUUGUUCACUGCUCAUCAGCCAAUGUAUAGCGGAACACCACCAGGGAUGGGUAGCGUUGCUCCUUCUUCACAUCCAAUGUCCUCUCAUCAUCCAAUGCAUCAUCAGGAAAAACAAAAACAACCAUCUACCACAAAAAAGAAGAAAAAAUCAAAGAACACUAUUACAACAUCUCCCGUUGCUAUUACAGUCGUCAAUUCAUCAUGUCCAACAGAUCCUUGGGAUAUUUCACGAAAGUCGCUUGAAAAAAUUAACCUUAUUGAAGGUUUUACUAUGGACAGAAUUUUACAACAUGUUACUAUCCCUCCUAUGGAUAAUGAUUGUGUGAUUUCCGAAAAACAAACAGUGAAAAUUGAUUCAUCACUUAAAAAUCAAUAUUCCUCCCUCAAGCUUCAAGUAUGGUUAUGUGAGUUGUGUGUAGAUAAAAUUACAGAAAACAUCACAGCUCUAAGAUCUCUCUAUGAUGAAGUGUUGACUGGCUCCAAUGACGAAGUAUCAGUUCAGGAUUUAAUCUUUCCAACCACCAUUAUUUCAUCGGGACGAAAAGAAUAUUUUUUAAGAUUUGUUCUGUAUGAUGCCAAGGACAAGAAUACAGAGAUUGUUGCUUUUUGUGAUACAUGUACUUUUGAAAUUAGAAGUAAGACGAGAUCACCAACACGUGUGCAGAUCCAAAAUAAUCAAUCAGUUGCUGCACUGCCUCCCCAACGAUCAUUGACACUUUCUUCUACAGCCAUUGCGACCUCUGAGACACCUUCAUCAGCAAGUCAAAGCGUUGGAGAGAAACCUACGUUGGACUUUCUUAAACGAUUAAUUGCAACAGCGACACUUUCCGAAGAUAUUAACAGCUGGGAUACCUUUAUGCAUACUCUCAAUCAACUCGUAGUCAUAGGAGAUUCCUCUUUUUUGAAUACAUCUUCUGGAUCUCUCUCUAAGCGAGCCGAUUUUUCCGAUCACCAAAUGACAAAAGAGUUUUUGAUGAGAGGGCACAGGAAAACAAAUAUUUAUCCUUAUAUUGAACAAUGUUAUCCAGCUUUUGGUCCAGCUCGAGGAGGCAUUCAAAUUAGUAUUAAUGUGAAAGAUCUUAAUAUCUAUGAUGAGGAUGAUUUAAUAGUCACAUUUGAUGAUAUUAAGGUGCCAAAAACUGAUUUUGUGUCGAUUCGACCAAACAAAAUUUUGUUAUACCUUCCUGCGUUAUCAUCUAAUCACAUUCUAGGCAAAGUAGAUGUUGCUAUUUCUGUGAGAAAUGAAUUGGAGGACUUUUGUCACGUGCUCUAUGAUUCAUUUGAGUACCUAAGUAAUGAUGUUUUUGAAAAGAAAAAGUCAUCCAUACCCACACCAAUUGAAAGACCUUCCAGCAACAAUAAGAAUAUUAAUCAGGUUUUGAUUAGACCUCUCUCAGAAACUAAUUCAGUCAAUGAGGAUCUCUUCACAAAGACUGAACUCUACAACAGUGAAACGACAAAAUAUGUCACGACUAUUUAUUUUGAACCAGGAUUUCUUAAAGGUAGCCCCUUAGAUCCUUCUCAACGAUUUAUUUGGCUGUUAAGAAAGAGUGAUACUUUUGAAAACCUUAUUGGUAAUCCAUCGUCAAAAGAAAUCGACUGUGGCGGUGUUUUCUCUAUCAAAGACUUGCUUCCUACCGUAAAAGAAGAUAUUCUAGAAAUACCUAUUGAAAUAGAUCGAAAGAUAUCUACUGAGAAAUUUAACUGCACCAUGGUUCUUCAAUUGUAUGACAUUAUCCAAAAACAGAUUCACUACACUUCUAGGCCCUUCUCCAUUCUUCAAAAAGCUCCAAAACCAGUAGCAUAUAGUAGCUUCAAUGAAGACGAAAGAGUAUUACAACUACUUGAGAAAAUCAAAACUCCUCGAGCACGAAAGAUGGCCCUACGAGGAGGAGCACUUGAUCCCACUUUAAAUUAUCUGGGUCAAACGAAAACACAUAUUGCUUGUUUGUCUGGAAAUGAAACAGAAUUGAAACGAAACUUCCAACCCGCACAUCUCACGACUCAUGACUUGUUCCUUAGAAAUCCACUUCAUUUAGCCUUCGCUUCUGGAAAUCUUGAAGCAGCCAAAUUCUGUAUUGAGAACUUGACCACUUCACCACAUUUACUUCUUCUCCAGAGAGAUUAUUAUCACAACACUCCUUUCCAUUUGGCUCUCAAAUUCAAUCGUACUCAUUUCAUGAAGGAAAUUUGUUUAGUUCUCAAGACCUAUUUGAUCAGAUAUUUGGCUCAACAAUCGACUUUUAACACGGAGAAUUCUAACACGGCAACUAUGGAACCAUAUACUCCAAAAUCCCAGAUACCAACAACACAACCAGUGAAUUAUAAAGCAUCAUCUCAAAAGAAGAGAAAAACAACGAGUACGGUUACAACCACGAACAGCGCCACACCCCCACCACCCAAGAAAACUAAGCAAGAGGAAGGUUCAUCCGAUGAGGAAGAGGAUGAUGUCUUGGUUGUGGAAGAAAAUUAA